AUGGAUUUCAAUCCAUUUGAGGAUUCUGCCAAUUUUGUUGACCUACUUAAUAGUCAACAAAAUGUUUUCUUUGGCAGUCAACAACCCUCCUCAGGUAGUCAAGCUGCAGAGCAGCGACCAGAGCGUAAGGAAAGAAGGUCGUGGACAGCUACAGAGGAUAUAGUGCUCAUUAGCGCGUGGUUGAACACGAGCAAAGACCCCGUUGUGGGGAAUGAGCAGAAGUCUGUGGCUUUCUGGACCAGAGUUGCAGCAUACUUCUCGGCUAGUCCUAAACUUGCAGCCUCUGAAAAACGAGAGGGUAGUCAAUGCAAGCAACGUUGGCACAAGGUGAAUGAAGCAGUUUGCAAGUUCUCAGGGGCGUAUGAAGCAGCCACAAGAGAGAAAACCAGUGGCAUGAAUGACAAUGACGUUCUAAAACUGGCCCACGAGAUCUUCUUCAAUAACCAAAAAAAGAAGUUCGGUCUCGAACAUGCCUGGAACGAGCUUCGCAACGACCAGAAGUGGUGUGAGCUCGCUACUGCUAAAACUGAUACCAGCUCGAAAAGGAGGAAGUUUGCCGACGGUUCACAUUCAGGAGCAAGCUCGAAAGUCAAUGAAAACGAGGCUGCUGUAGAAGGAACAUCUCGUCCCCCUGGUGUUAAGGCUGCAAAAGCCCGUGGGGAGAAACCAAUUACUGAGGGGAAAGACGUUGGUGAGCUUCAUAACAUAUUAGUUAGGAAGGAGAAGAUGUCGAAGAUGAAGCUUCUGGACAGGCUCAUGGCUAAACAAGAACCUCUAGAUGAUGAUGAAGUAGCUCUGAAGAAGAAGUUAACUAAAGAGUUGUUGCUGUCUAAUUAG